AUGCCAGCCAGAAACUUCAACCAAAAGAAGCCAGCUCAUCUACGAUUCGGAACAAUCAACAUUGGAACUCUGACUGGACGCAGCCGAGAGCUGGCCCAGGUACUCAAGAAGCGGAACAUCGACAUAGCCUGUGUUCAAGAAUGCAAAUGGACCGAAAGCAAAGCUGCGGAGAUUGGAGAGGGAUAUAAGCUCUUCUACUGCGGCGAGAGAGCCACUAGGAAUGGAGUGGCCAUCGCACUCAGCAAACACCUGCUCCAAUCCCCGUAUAAGAUUGAGCGAACAUCUGAUCGAUUAAUGUCUAUCAGAAUUGAACUAGGAACAGCUGACGUUAAUGUUGUGACCUGCUAUGCACCACAGACUGGAUGCAGCGAUGAAACGAAAAAUGAAUUUUGGGACAAGUUGGACAGGAUCAUACGGACCAUUGCCCCGGAUGAACACAUUCUAAUCGGAGGCGAUCUGAACAGCCACGUGGGAUCGAACAGGGGCGGCUAUCCACAGUGCCAUGGGGGACAAGGCCUUGGCGUGAGGAACGACGACGGAAUACAUAUCCUCAAUUUUGCGGCGGCGCACAAUCUGGCCGUUACCAACACAUUCUUUAAGAAGCGGCCAUCGCACCUAGCCACCUAGACCAGCGGCGGAC